AAUGGCUGUUGCGUCAUGACCUAUCUUGAUUUCACGAGCGCUGAAAAUGUUAAACGAUGUUAGAUUGAUUCAAGGUUUACGGUUAUUCUGAAGAUCGCAGUACCUGUCUAAGGUUACUUGAGGAAGCCCGAUGGCUGAUAGGUGCAGUUUGAAGGAACGUUUGCAAGAAAGUACGGAGGAUCUGGAAGCGACUAUCAAAAUGAUAAUUGCGUUUGUUCUGGACAGAGAUCGAAGCUGUGGAUCGCUUACAUCUCUUUGUGAAUCAUUCCGCAAGAAACAUACUGAAUUAACGAAGCUACUUGCCAAAGUACCUGCUUACCAGCAAAGAGAGCGAGAAAUCCGAAGAUUGGAAGCAGAGGUUGAAGCACGGGAUAGAGUUCUUGGAGAUUUGCAAAAGCAGUUGAUGGCUGCAGAAAAGCUCAUAACUAAGAUGGUUUUUCAGGCCGAUAAAAAAGUGAAGGAAAUGCGCCAAUCAGAGGCAAACAGGGUAAAUAGUGAAACGAUCAUUCGUUUCGCCAAUCAGAUCAGUAGAACAUACGCCGUCGCAGCGCCGCUUGGUUGGCAGCUUGGCGAUGCAUCUCGACCAUAUCCUACCGAGGCAGAAUUGCGUUUAUCAGCAUUGGCAGCGCCACGUGUAAUAGUACAAGCAGCUCCUCCAGCUUUAUCUUUGCUUCGUCAACCUACUGCCAGUACUAGCGGGAUGUUACGUGGUAGCGGACGUGGCGCUUCACCGAUGACAUCGUAUUCGGCAACUAUGCAGCAACAGCAAAGAUCAUGGAGUCCACGUGCUACAUUUGUUCAACAGUCAUCUUCAUCACCUAGAGGUAGAAAUCCAGCCGGCCGUGGUAGCAUCAUAUCGCCACGCAUUAGCACCGCAUCAGGUGCGAGCCUGUUGCAACGACGUCCAUCCAUGACGGGAAGUAGUUCGCAUUUAUCUAGUCCCUCAUCAUCCUAUCAAGGUCCCGUUAGAGGAGGACUUCCACCGCCAGUAACAAAUGUUGAACAGAUGAGCUCUGACUCAAGCAGUAGUUCCAGCAGCGACGAGGGUAGCCCCUCCUAGUUUUCUGUGUCUUGCUUAUGUAAUUUUAAGCUUAAAAUUUGUUAUGUUAUCAAAUAGCAAUUAUUCAAAAGCUGUUUUUGCUUGAUUUUAAUUCAUCUAUAGUUUUUUGCUAUCCUACAAAAACUGCCCAUGUAAUCUGUUCCAAACUUUUAAAUACGAUGCAGAAGAAUAUUAAUCCAUCUGUCCUACUACUCAUUUGCCA